GACGAUUUGUCAAGCGGCUGAUAGCGGCUUGUGCAAUGAUUAGAACCUAACCUUACUCAUUGAUAAUUUAAAAUUUAUUUCAUCAUCACAUUAUAUUUAUCCUCAACAACAACACAUAGUGCUAAUUAAUAGUAAGGCAUAAUGGUGGUGUCUGAAGAAACUCAACCUACCGUGGAAGGGGAUGCAGUAAAAAGUAAAAAGGCAGCAAAGAAAGCUGCCAAAGCAGCUGAGAAACAACAAAAAAAGGCUGAACAUAAGGGAACAGUCGUUCAAAACGAAGCACCAGAAGUGGACGUAUCUGAAGGAAAAUACGGUAACUUGAAGCUGAUUCAGUCAACCGGUGAACACAGAGACCGCGUGUACACCGAUGUCAAGGAUCUUGGGGUUCAUUUGGAUGGCAAGGAAGUUUGGGUCAGAGCUCGCCUGCAGACAUCAAGAGCUAAAGGGAAGCAGUGUUUCGCGGUUCUCCGACAGAACUCGAGUACUGUUCAACUGAUUAUAAGCGUGAAUGAAGAAUUGGGUAUCAGCAAACAAAUGGUGAAGUUUACGGGCAAUAUAACGAAGGAGUCGAUAGUGGACGUGCAAGCGCUGGUGGUGCGCACCGCGGCCCCGGUGGAGGCGUGCUCCGUGCGCGACGUGGAGCUGUCGGCGCGGGCGCUGUGGCGCGUGUCCGCCGCGAGGGCCCAGCUGCCGCUGCUGGUGGAGGACGCGGCGCGCCCGGAGACUGACGACCCCGAAAGUCUGAAGAUCAGAGUCAACCAAGACACGAGGCUGGACAAUCGUGUGUUAGACUUGAGAACGCCAGCCAACCAAGCCAUCUUUCGGAUUGAAGCGGGCGUAUGCAGGCUUUUCAGAGAUAUCUUGACUAAGAGAGGCUUCGUGGAAAUCCACACGCCGAAGAUAAUAUCUGCGGCGUCUGAGGGCGGCGCCAACGUGUUCACCGUGUCGUACUUCCGGAAUUCCGCCUACCUGGCGCAGAGCCCGCAGCUCUACAAGCAGAUGGCCAUCGCGGCCGACUUCGACAAGGUGUUCACAGUGGGGGCUGUCUUCCGCGCCGAGGACUCGAACACCCACCGACACUUGACCGAGUUCGUGGGCUUAGAUCUGGAGAUGUCCUUCAAGCAUCACUACCACGAGGUCCUGGACACCAUCGGGCAGACCUUCACCGACAUGUUCCGGGGUCUGCAGGAGCAGUUCGCGUCAGAGAUAGCGACAGUGGGCCAGCAGUACCCCGUGCAACCCUUCAAGUUCCUCGACCCUCCACUGAGGCUGGAGUUCCCGCAGGCGAUAGAGAUGUUGAAAGAGGCUGGUGUAACGGUGGGCGAGGAAGAUGACCUAUCAACGCCAGAUGAGAAGCUCCUCGGUCGUCUAGUGCGAGCGAAAUACGACACAGACUUCUACAUGCUGGACAAGUACCCGCUCGCUGUUAGACCGUUCUACACCAUGCCUGAUCCCAACAACCCCCGCGCAUCGAACUCAUACGACAUGUUCAUGCGAGGAGAGGAAAUCUUAAGCGGAGCUCAACGUAUCCACGACCCCGACCUACUCACUGAGAGGGCGAAGCACCACGGGAUCGAUAUCAGUAAAAUUGCAGCGUACAUCGAGUCCUUUAGACUGGGAUGUCCGCCGCAUGCUGGCGGCGGUAUAGGUCUAGAGCGUGUAGUGAUGCUGUUCCUGGGUCUAGACAACAUCCGCAAGACGUCCAUGUUCCCGCGAGACCCGAAGCGCGUCACUCCUUAGUGUAUUAUAUAUUUUAUUGUACAUUAUGUAUGAAAAGUUUUUAUAAAUAAAAAUGUAAUUUGUGUA